AUGACCCGCACGGACCCGCCCGACCUGCUGGUGUCGACCGUGUACCAGGACAUCAAGGUGGCGGCCCCGGGGCCCGCGUCCGGGGGCCAGCCAUGUGAGCCGCCCGCGGCCCGGCCCGCCGCGCCCGCGCCUUUCAACAAGCGCCACUGCCGCAGCUUCGACUUCCUGGAGGCGCUGGACGGGCCCGCCAUGGAGGCCCGAGCCGAGGCCCGCGCCGCGCCGCCGCCCCCCGAGCCAGCCCCGCCGCGCGCCCGGACCCGCGACGCCGAGCCGCGGCGCCGCGCCCGCUCCAAGAGCGCGCCCCGCGCGCCCUCGGGCCUGGCGCCCGCGCCCGCGUCCCCGCCGGGCCCGCCGCGCCGAGGACGCGAGGCCCGGCGUGCGGCGCGGGCCGAGGGUUCGCCGCGCCGGGAGCCCGCGUACCCCGCGCUGCGCGCGCUCGCCAACGAGCUGCACCCCAUCAAGCUGCAGCCGCAGCGCGGCGGGCCCGGCGGCGUCGCGCCGCUGUGCGCCGUCCCCGGCCGCUGCGCGCCGCCCGAGCCGCCCCCGGGGCCCGCCCCGCACGUGCGCUGCCGCCUGGACAUCAAGCCCGACGACGCGGUGCUGCGGCACGCCGCCCGGGGCUCGCGGCCCUGCGGCCCCGCCGACGCCGCGCCCUGGGCCCGCGCCGCCCCGCAGCUCUACGGCCUCACGGUGCCCGGGCCCCGCCACGCCGCCCUGUCCCGCACUCCCACCCCCAGCGACCUGUACUGCGCGGACCCCCGGGCGCUGUACUGCGACGGGCCCCUGCCCGCGCCCCGGGACCAGCCCUUCGCCGCGCCCCCGGGCCCCACCCGCUUCUUCUACACCGAGGAGCCCGAGGCCUACGCGGGCGGCUUCGCGGCCAGCCCGGGGCCUCCCUUCGACGGCUACGGGUCCAGGCCCUACCCGUACGAGGAGCGCCUGGGGCCCAGCCCCCGGCGUGCGGGCGGCUACUACCCCGGGGACGCGCGCACCUUCCCCGUGCACGAGCCGCCCGCACGCGCCUACUCCGGGGAGGCCCCCCGCGCCUGCGGCCCGCUCUGGGGCGCCCGCUACGGCCCCGAGGAGGCCUGGGCCCGGCCCGGCGCCCGCCCCUUCUACACCGAGGACUUCGGGCGGUACCGCGAGCGCGACUCCAUGGCUCGGACUUACCCGCACCAGCGCGGCAGCACCGCCUGGGCCGACUGGGGGCCGCGGCCCUACCGCACCCUGCAGGUGGCGCCUCCCCCGGGUCCCGGUCCCGGCCCCGGCCCGCUGCUGGCCUCGUGGCACGGCGGCACGGGGACCAGCCCACCGCGGCUGGCCACCGACAGCCGCCAUUACUCGCGGUCCUGGGACAACAUCCUGGCGCCGGGGCCGCGCCGGGAGGACCCCCUGGGCCGCGGCCGCAGCUACGAGAACCUGCUGGGGCGGGAGGCGCGGGAGCCCCCCGAGGCGCGGCGCCCGCCGGUCGUGGUGAACCUGUCCACCUCGCCCCGACGCUACGCGGCGCUGUCGCUGUCCGAGACCUCGCUGUCGGACAAGGGCCGCGCCGGCGACGGCCUGGGCCGCAACUGGUACGUGACCCCGGAGAUCACCAUCACCGAUAACGACCUGCGCGCAGCCCGGCGCCCGGCCGCCCGGGGCUGGGAGCCGCCCGCGCCCGCGCCCGCCAGCCGCCAGCGCAGCCUGGAGCAGCUGGACGAGCUCAUCACCGACCUGGUCAUCGACUCGCGCCCCGCGGCCGGCCGCGGAGCCCUCGGCCCCGAGCCCUCGGCCGACGGCCUGGGCCGCCGGCUGCGCCGCCUGCUAGACUCCCAGGCCCCGGGCCCCGGCGCGGGAGCGCGCUCGUCCCCGGCCUCGGCCGGCAGCGCCGAGGAGCCCGCGGGCCCUGCGGAGGCGACGGACGGGUCCCCCGAACCCAGCGCGGACGAGGACGACCUGAUGACCUGCUCCAACGCGCGCUGCCGGCGCACCGAGACCAUGUUCAACGCCUGCCUCUACUUCAAGUCCUGCCACAGCUGCUACACCUUCUACUGCUCGCGCCUGUGCCGCCGCCAGGACUGGGACGCGCACAAGGCGCGCUGCGUGUACGGCCGCGUGGGCAGCGCCUGCCGCCACGUGCUGCAGUUCUGCCGCGACAGCGGCCCCGUGCACCGCGCCUUCUCCCGCAUCGCGCGCGUCGGCUUCCUGUCCCGCGGCCGCGGCGUGCUGUUCCUGGGCUUCCCGAGCCCGGGCUCGGCCGACAACUUCCUGCGCUUCGGCCUCGAGGGGCUGCUGCUGUCGCCCACCUACCUGUCCCUGCGCGAGCUGGCGGCGCACGCCGAGCCCCUGGGCAGCUACGCCCGGGAGCUGGCGGCCGCCGGGCGGCAGUACGAGCCGGCCGAGUGCUUCCUGCUCAGCGUGUCGGUGGCCGUGGGCCCCGGCGCCGCGCCCCCCGGCACCCCCGCCCGGCCCGCGCCGCGCAGCCCCGGCCCCACGGUGCGCAAGUUCGCCAAGGUGGCGCUGGCGGCCAGCAGCCCCGCGCGGCCGCCCCCGGCGCGGGGACGCGAGCCAGAUAUGGAGACGCUGAUCCUGACGCCGCCGCCCGGCACCGCGGGCCUGGACCAGGAGGGCGAGGCCGGCCGGCGCGCGCGGGAGGUGGCCUUCAUCCACAUCCAGCGCGAGCUGCGGCUGCGCGGCGUCUUCCUGCGCCACGAAUUCCCGCGCGUCUACGAGCAGCUCUGCGAGUUCGUGGAGGACAACCGGCGCUUCACGCCCACCACCAUCUACCCCACCGACCGGCGCACCGGGCGCCCCUUCAUGUGCAUGAUCAUGGCCGCCUCCGAGCCGCGCGCGCUCGACUGGGUGGCCAGCGCCAACCUGCUGGACGACAUCAUGUGA